AAGUUGCUUGACGACGUGGCUCGGGACGGUUGUUAGUUCUCCCGGUGUGGCUCGUGCCCGUGCCGGCCUUGUCAAAAAGUUCGAUCUCUGAAAUUUUCCACUCCACGCCAACAUGGAGCUGUUGCCAGCGCACCAACCUCUCCUCGAGGAUGACACCGAUGACGAGUUGUCAGACGAGCAGAUUCGGGGGCUGCUCAACGAGGCUGCGCAGCGCAUGCGCGCAAAGGCCACUUCGCAACCGGCUCCAGAUGCGCCGUUCAAGCUCCCGAAGCUGAGGCCGGGUCACGUUGCCGAUACUCACGAGAAGACCGAGGGGAACAUCACCCGCUUGGAUCAUUCAAAGCUUAUCGACAAAAAGCAGCAGGCCCUUGCUAAUGGUAUCAAGAAGAUCGAAGACCCGCUUCAGAUCAAGAAGCAGAGGAAAGAGGAGAGUAAAGCCACUGCUGGAGCCGAAUGGUUCAACAUGCCCAAGACUGACCUCACCCCGGAGCUGCGACGCGACUUGCAGCUGCUGAAGAUGAGGAACGUCCUCGACCCCAAGCGCCACUACAAGAAGGACAACUCCAAAAACGAUGUACCAGCUUUCUCGCAGAUGGGUGUCAUCGUCGAGGGUCCUACCGAGUUUUACAGCAGCCGUCUGAAGAACAAGGAUCGCAAACAGACACUUUUGGAAGAGGUCAUCUCCCAGGAACAGGACUCUGGUCGCUUCAAGCGCAAAUACGAAGACAUUUCGAGCACAAAAGCCAGCGGUAAAAAGGCUUUCUACAAGGCACUCCAGGCGAAGCGAAACAAGGGCAAGGUCACCAAACCUUGAUCGGUGCGCUUUGAGGCUGGUGUAUAUUGUGUCAAUAUACCAAGCUUGCACAUCAUCAUCUUUGUGCAGCGAUUUGGUCUCGCAACCUGGCGCCAGAAUGCACCUCCAGAUCG